UGUGAAGACCACCGCCAUCCAGUACAGCUGAAGAUGCAGCUUGUGCUUGUGCUGUUCUACAUUCUCUUUUGCAGCUCAGGUCCUGUGGCCCAGGAUAAGUGGUCAAUGACCGUACCUGAAGUUGUCACAGUGGGAUUUCGUGAAGACGCCGUCCUCCCCUGCACUUUUACGGCUCCGAGCCAAGUUCAGCCAAGUGUAACGGUGAUUUGGCGACAUAAAGUUUAUAAAGGACCAGAAAUUUUCAGGUGUAUAAGCAAGGCUAAUGAGACUGAAGGUGGACAGAACUGCUCCAAAUCACUUGGACGUUACUCACUCUAUGGUGACCCGAAAGCACGCAACCUCUCACUAAUUAUCAAAGAUGUCUCAGUGGGGGAUCAAGAAAAGUAUUUCUGUCGUGUUGAGCUGAAAGAGGGCAGUUAUGAAGCUCCAGGCGGAACCGAAUUAAAAAUCCAAGUACCCCAAACUAUAGAGAGCAUCUACAUACGAACGCUUGCAUCUGGAGAGCAGGUUGUAACGUGUGAUGUUAAAGGAAUACCUCUACCCAAUGUAACAUGGAUCAUGCCCGAGAACAUAAACGCCUCGCUGGUGUCUUUCCUAAGUGGAUUUUUUAGAGCUUCAUCCUCAGUUCCUGCGUAUCUGCUCAACACCAACUACACCUGUCAGAUUGAUGGAAGAAAUGGGCUUCAAAAUCAGUCAAUUUACUUCUCAAAAGGAGCUGCGGUGCAAGAACAUCAGAUCUCGUUGUUAUUAUUUGUUGCUGUUGUGACUACACUUACAGCCAUUUUCAUCAUCAUCAUCCUGGUGAUUGUGAUCAUGUGUUACAAGAAAAGUAAGAAUACACUUAUUAAAACUUUAAUACUUGUUGCUGAAAAUGUGCCAAUAGCCAGGAUAUACACCGAUCAGUCAUAACAUUAAAACCACCUCCUUGUUUCUACACUCACUGUCCAUGUUAUCAGCUCCACUUACCACAUAGAAGCACUUUGUAGUUCUACAAUUACUAACUGUAGUCCAUCUGUUUCUCUGCAUGCUUUGUUAGCCCCCUUUAAUGCUGUUCUUCAAUGGUCAGGACCCCCACAGAGUAGGUAUUAUUUAGGUGGUGGAUUAUUCUCAACACUGCAGUGACAUUGACAUGGUGGUGGUGUGUUAUUGUGUGUUGUGCUGGUAUGGGUGGAUAAGACACAGCAGUGCUGCUGGAGUUCAGAACAGGGUGAAAGCAGGCUAAAACAAUAUGCAGAGAAACAGAUGGACAUGGCAUACAGUAAAAAAAAAACUUUUGUACUUAGAUUUUGUAUUUAUUUAAUAUUGAAUGAAUAUAUCUAUUUAUAAUUUACACCUAAUGUUUUUUAACUUUGUAGUUAUGGUUAUGAUUAUGAUCAAAUAAGAUUUAUACACAACUGAAAUUUUUAUAUUCUUAUAUUUACUGUUAUUUCAUUACAGUACAAACCCAUGUUUUGUCUGGUCAACUUCAUUUUAUUUGUUAAUAUACAUAAAUUCCUGCAUUGCAGGCCUGCAGCACAUUCCGAAUAAAUUAAGAUGGUAAAGCAUUUACCACUUUGUAUGUUGCUAUUCCUUUUCACCACACUUAAAAGCAGUUUUGGCACCAAGGAUACCAAGUGAUUUAGUGUUUUUUGUCCCAUUCUUCCUGCAAACACGUUGCCGUUGUCAUAUCUUUACUCAUUCUCUAUUGGGGACAGGUCAGGACUGCAGGCAGGCCAGUCCAGUACCCGUACACUCUUCUUCCGCAGCCAUGACUUUGUAAUGUGUGCACCAUCUGGUUUUGCCCUGGCUUUUGGACUUGUUGAUAAUAAGUCUGGAGCCCAUGGCAUCCAUUUCUUCCAAAAAAAGAUCGGAAAUACUAAUUCGUGACCACAAUACACAUUUCCACUAUGUGAUGGUCCAUCCCAGAUGCCCCUAAGGCCAAAGAACUUGAUGCCGCUUCUGGACAUGGUUAACAUAAAAGUAAAGUUUUAAGUGGCAUUUGUGCAUGUAACUCUGUAUUGUAGUGCUUGACAAAGGUUUGCCAAAGUAAUCCCUCACCCAUGUGGUUAUAUCAGCUAUUGUUGAGUGGCGGUUCUUGAUGCAGCGAAGUCUGAGGGAUCAGAGAUCACAGGUGUUGAGCUUAAGCUUGCACCCUUGGCCUUUAUGCACUGAAAUUCCUCCAGAUUCCUUGAAUUGUUUAAUGAUAUUAUGCUCCGUAGAGGAAGAAAUAUGCAAAUCCCUUCCAAUCUUUCUUUGAGGUACAUUUCAAUAAUUUUUUCACGCAUUUGUCGACAAACUGGAGAUCCUCUGAUCAUCUUUGCUCAUCAAAAAUCACCUGUUGACAUCACCUUUUUUACCUGUUUACUAGCACUAAAUUGCUCACAUAUCAGAUUUUUUUUGGAAUGCGUUGCAGGCCUUAAAUACAGGAAUGGAGGUAAAUUAACAAAUGAACUGACAUUAACCAGACAAAGCAUGAAAUAUCCUGGGUUUAUACUGUCUGCAGUGUGGGUUUUUUUAUUUGCAUUUUUUCUUACUUUACAAAGAACCUUGUAAAGCUAAAUAUCUAUUGUAUGCAUCUCAAAGCUGCUAAUUAUAAUAAAUGUUAUGAAUUUGAAAAGAUACAUUCAGUUUAUAUUUAGAAAUACAAAGUCAUAAACGUUGUAAAUAAUGUGAGUAAUUUUGAAUUGUGUUUGUAUAAUAAUUAUUUUUUGUUUCCUGACAGUGAAGACAUUUAUGCAAAUAUGUAAA